UGGCGGUGAAUCCAGCCUUCCGAAUUCAAACCCUGCCCACAUGCUUGUGCUUGUGCUUGUGCUUGUGCUUGUGCUAAUAGCACUACCCGCUUCCCACAGAUAGAUAUACACUUGUUUGGCAUCGAAUAUUUUCCCUGCCAGAACAACUUUUUUCACAGCCCUACCACCACGAUACCUAUUGUUGUUUGAAACCAUGGCCUCCCGUCCUCAGAACAUUGGCAUUAAGGCCAUCGAGCUUUACUUCCCUAGCCAGUAUGUCGAGCAAGCCGAGCUCGAGAAGUUCGAUGGUGUUGGCACUGGCAAAUACACCAUUGGUCUUGGUCAGACCAAGAUGACCUUCUGCGAUGACCGAGAAGACAUCUACUCCAUGGCCUUGACUGCCACUUCCAAGCUGUUGAAGAAUUACAGCAUCGACACUAACUCCAUUGGCCGUCUCGAGGUCGGUACCGAGACCAUCCUCGACAAGUCCAAGUCCGUCAAGUCUGUCUUGAUGCAGCUGUUCGGCGAGAACACCAACGUUGAGGGUGUCGAUACCUUGAAUGCCUGCUACGGUGGUACAAACGCUUUCUUUAAUUCUGUCAACUGGAUCGAAUCUUCCGCCUGGGACGGAAGAGACGCAAUCGUCGUAGCCGGCGACAUUGCCCUUUAUGCCAAGGGUAAUGCCAGGCCGACUGGUGGUGCUGGUUGCGUUGCUCUGCUGGUCGGCCCUGACGCUCCUAUCGUCGUCGAUGCCGGUCUGCGUGGAACAUACAUGCAGCACGUGUAUGAUUUCUACAAGCCUGACCUUACUAGCGAGUACCCCUAUGUCGAUGGACACUACUCGGUCAACUGCUACAUGGAAGCUCUUGACGCUGCCUACCGAGCGUAUUGCAAGCGUGAGACUCAGUUGAAGAACGCAGCAAACGGCCAUGCCAAUGGAAAUGGUGCCGCCGCUGCUGACGGUACUAAGACUUCCCUUGACCGUUUAGACUACCUGGCUUUCCACUCUCCGACGUGCAAGGUUGUCCAGAAGUCCUACGCACGUCUCUUAUACCACGACUACCUUGCAGACCCUGAUAGCCCAGCCUUUGCUGAGGUCCCUGGUGACAUCCGGGAUAUGGACUACAACAAGUCCUUGUCCGACAAGGUGGUCGAGAAGACCUUCAUGGCUCUCACCAAGAAGCGCUUCAACGAACGCGUCUCGCCCUCUAUCCAAGUAUCCACCAACUGUGGUAACAUGUACACUGCUAGCUUGUGGGGUGGCCUUGCUAGUCUUAUCUCUUACAUCGAUAGCGCUACUCUUCAAGGAAAGCGUAUCGGACUUUUCAGCUAUGGCUCCGGCCUGGCUGCUAGUUUCCUCUCGGUGCGCGUCAAUGGAAACACUGAACAGAUUGCAAAGGUUUUGGAUAUCCAGAACAAACUAGCUGCGAGGCGGGCUGUCCCUCCUGAGACAUAUGAAGCUUUCUGCGAGCUGCGCCACAAGGCUCACCUACAGAAGAACUACACCCCUCAAGGUGACGUGUCCACUCUGGCCAGUGGCACUUACUACCUAGAGAAGGUCGACGACAUGUUCAAGAGAACCUACGCGAUCAAGGCGUAAAUGAGAAGAAAAAAAACUAAUAAAUGCGAUCUACAUCCUAUAUAGACAGGUAUUAAUCAGCCGGGGUACUACCUAGACUAGCAUGGUCGGCAAUUCCUAGAGUCAAGGCUUAUGGCACGAAGAUCAUGUAUACUGCAUGAAAGACGAUUGUGAGAUAAGAGGGCUACUAAUAGGGUUGGGUGAUGAUUGAUGAAUACCCGACUUGUAUAUACUAGGAAUGAUUCCCGUGAUGACUCGCACAAAGAGCUUAAUGAAGACACUGAUAGAGAGUUGAAUGGCUACUUUUUUGGUCGUGUUGUAGUUGGUGAUUCAGCAAUAUGCCAUUUUUAAUGUGAUAUAGCCUAGUUCUGACUAUGGCUUAUCGUUGAAUUUCUA